UGUGAAAGUAGAACAGAUACUAAAGUCUGGGUUGAUAAGAAGAAUUUAUAUAAGAUCAUUGACACUUGUCAGCUCUCGCAGACGUUUUGAAGAGGAAGAGAUGCGUUUUAUUUUCGCUUCAGUAUUUUUUACUGUAAUUGUUCCGCAAGCUUUGGUCGCUGGUCCAUACAGUGACCCGCAUUGCGCGUCUGGUCGUGAUUCCAUAGUUCAUUUGUUUGAAUGGAAGUGGUCUGAUAUCAAAGCUGAAUGCCAGAGGUUUCUAGGGCCAUACGGAUACUGUGGCGUUCAGGUGUCACCCCCGAACGAGAACGCAGUUGUCACUAAUCCAAACCGGCCUUGGUGGGAACGAUACCAGCCCGUUAGUUAUAAGAUAAUAUCAAGAAGUGGAAAUGAACAGGAAUUUAGGGACAUGGUAACCACGUGUAACAAAGCCGGUGUGAGAAUUUAUGUCGACACCGUUAUAAAUCACAUGACCGGAAGUUACUCCGGUACCGGAACUGCAGGUGACCAUUUCGACGGAGGAAGCUGCAGUUUUCCUGGUGUGCCUUUCGGUAGUCAAGACUGCAAUGGUGGUGACAAUUGCCAUACAAGUGACGGUUCAAUCCAUAAUUACAACAACCCCGAAGAGGUUCGCAACUGCAGGCUUGUUGGUCUUGCAGAUCUCCGACUGUCAAAGGAUUACGUUAGAGGAAAAAUUGCCGGGUACCUGAAUCAUCUUGUUGGUAUGGGCGUAGCUGGCUUUAGAGUCGAUGCAGCGAAACACAUGUGGCCAGGAGAUCUAGAAAAUAUUUUUUCUAGACUUCAUAAUUUAAGGAGCGAUGCCUUUGGGUCCGGGAAGAAACCGUUUGUAUUUCAAGAGGUAAUCGACCAGGGCGGGGAACCCAUUAAAAUGUCCGAAUAUUUCAAUACUGGAAGAGUUACCAACUUUAUAUAUGGGGUAAAACUAGCAGACGUUUUCCUCCGACAUUCAAAUCAAGCAAAAUGGCUUGGUAACUUCGGUGAAGGGUGGGGAAUGCCUAGUACAUAUGACGUUGUUGUGUUCUUAAGUAACCAUGACAACCAGAGAGGUCAUGGAGGUGGCGGUGCACCUAUCACCUUCUGGGAUCCGAAACCGAUGAAAAUUGCAACAGCUUUUAUGCUUGCUCAUCCUUAUGGCUUCCCGAGGAUAAUGAGUAGUUAUCGCUGGAACAGGAACUUACAAGGUGGAGAUGACAAAAAUAACUGGCAAGGACCACCCCACAAUGGAGACAUGAGCACACAGUCUGUUGGUAUCAACUCUGACAUGACAUGUGCUGGCGAUUGGGUAUGCGAACACAGAUGGCGUGAAGUUUACAACAUGGUUGCGUUCCGAAAUGUUGUCGCUGGCACGUCCCUGAAAAAUUUCCAUUCAUACGGGGAUCAGGCCAUUUCCUUUUCACGCGGAGAUAAAGGAUUCAUCGCACUUGUUGGUGACGGAAGUUCUAUAAAUAGUAACAUAAAUACUGGACUUCCAUCUGGAAGUUAUUGUGACGUCAUCAGUGGAAAUUAUGACAAUGGCUCGUGCACAGGAAAAACGAUUCAUGUGGAUGGAACUGGAAAUGCACAUAUCAACGUAAAUGGCCACACAGACGACCCUAUGGUCGCUAUCCAUGUUGGUGCCAAAGUGGGCAGUCCUAAGAAAGUCACAACAUAGUUGAACUUCACACAUUAUCUAUAUUAUGUUAAAAAAAGAUGUAUUUGAAACGAAUUUAUAUAAAGUUUGAAACAUUAUCAAAGCAUUGAAGUUUUUCUGCUCCAUAUAACUA